UCAUAUAGCUUGGGUUCGAAACCUGUUGGAGUGUUUCCUUUGGAAGAUGGACACGAAGAUCUGAAUACAGCAUGGUGAUGACAAACGUUUAAAAUGGAUCUCAACUUCGUGUCGCCCACAAGUGUGGCGCUGCUCAACGACACGACUGUGGAAUAUGAAGAUGCCGAAGAUCCAGAUGCAGUUACAUUGCUAUCUAUAUUACUCGUUGGUAUAUUCCUCUCACUCCUUAUAUUCGUGAGUGCGGCUGGUAACAUACUGGUCUGCAUAGCGAUAUACACGGAUAGAGGCUUGAGACGCAUUGGCAAUCUGUUUCUGGCAUCGUUGGCAAUCGCUGAUAUGUUGGUAGCAGCCGCUGUUAUGACUUUUGCCGGAGUCAACGAUUUGUUAGGGUACUGGGUAUUUGGUGAACAGUUUUGCGAUACUUGGGUCGCUUGCGACGUCAUGUGCUCAACUGCAUCUAUACUGAACCUCUGUGCUAUAUCCCUCGACCGUUAUAUACAUAUAAAGGAUCCUUUGAGAUACGGUCGCUGGGUAACUCGACGAGUUGCAAUCAUAACAAUCGCUUUGAUUUGGCUAUUGGCUGUGUUAGUCAGCUUCCUCCCGAUAUCUUUAGGCCUUCACCGACCACCGGAUGAAAUCACCACCACACAACGACCACCAAGAUACCCAACGUGUGCGUUGGUACUGACACCUACAUAUGCUGUGGUAUCCAGUUGUAUUUCAUUCAUCCUACCAUGCAUUGUUAUGAUAAGUAUUUAUUGCAGAUUAUAUUGCUACGCACAGAAACAUGUGAAGUCGAUCAGAGCUGUCACGAGAACUGUCCAACUUCCCGACAACCGGACCAAGUCUGUACGAACAAGGGUUCACACGCACGUCCACUCAUCGCCCUACCACGUGUCUGACCACAAAGCCGCCAUCACCGUUGGUAUAAUAAUGGGAGUAUUCCUACUCUGCUGGGUGCCGUUCUUCUGUGUGAAUAUUGUGGCUGCGUUUUGCAAGACAUGCAUACCAGAUCUCGCUUUCAAAAUUCUCACAUGGCUCGGCUAUUCUAAUUCAGCGUUCAAUCCGAUCAUUUACUCCAUAUUCAACACCGAAUUUCGGGAGGCUUUUAAAAAAAUCCUCACGUCGAAGUAUCCGCCUUGCUGCGGCUACCAGACAGUACGAGCGAACACACCAACGAGGAACGAUAACUUCGUCACCGAUUACGGUACGAAAACCUUAGUCGUAAGGAGGAGUGGAUCCUUAGGAUUGUCUGGAGUCGAUCCAACGCCUAGAUCCUCAGCUGAAUCAGUCAAGCCUCUUAGAGAUUAUCACAUCUGACAAGAAGACGGGAGCAGCAAUAAUGGUCUGCUCGAUAAAAGCGAUGUUGUGUAAAAUACUUUUUCAUUUCACUCA